UAUACCCCACAAGAGGUUUCUUUAUCUUGAUGCUACAUGUCUUUUGGACCACCUCAUUGGUUUUUACUUCUAGUCUGACUAUUGUAUCCAUUGAAAUUUAUACAUUUUCUUGUAUUUUGAAGGAAGCACUCUUAAGAGCAUUGAAAUUCUGACCUUGAAUGACUUCGUUUCUUUUCUUUCUUUAACAUGUCAGUUGAAGCGACUUGUUUGAUCAGUAAAGAACUUCCAUUUACUCCUUAUGAUAUAAAGUGGAUUCCUAUCUCUUCAAAGCUUUGUGUCGUUGGUGCCACAGGUGAAGGCGCAGGCAAAAUAUCAGUCUAUGGUCUUCAUGGCAAACAAUUGGAGUUAAAACAUGAGACAGAAACAAGUUCAGCUAUACGUUGCGGUACUAUCACAGGACAAUCGCGCCAACUUGCAACUGGUGAUUUUGAAGGACACCUUCAGAUCUGGGAUAUACAGCGUUUUGAUAUACCACUUGUUUCUUUUAAAGCACAUGAUAGUAUUAUCAACGCGAUUGAUAGUUAUAAUCAAGCAAAAGAGCCUCAAGAGCUUGUUACUGCAAGUCGUGAUGGAACUGUCAAAGUAUGGGACGUUCGACAACCUGAAAAGGCUGUGUUGACCAUUACAUCAAAAGAAACUCAAAAGGACAUAUGGGCUGUUGCAUUUGGACAGUUUAAUGGACACAAACUAGUUGCAGUUGGAUAUGAAGAUGGUAAUCUCAAGUUAUUUGACGUAGAUGGAUCUCAAUAUAUAUGGCAAACAAAUGUGAAAGACGGCAUAUGUUCUAUUGAUUUCAACCAUGAAAAACUGCUAGUAAGCACACUAUCUGGUGCCUGCUUAAUUGAUAUUAAAACAGGCAAUGCCACAGAAAUAAUUAGCACAUCUGAACCCGCAAACACUUUAUGGUCUAUUCGACAUAUACCACAAGCAUCUGAGUAUUUUUCAGUCGCAAGUGGUGAUGGACAGAUAUCUAUAUUCAACCAGUCCUCUCUUACAGAACCUUUGCACUUCCUUCCUUUAUCCAAACAUCCCAUCAUUUCUCUAGACUGGCAUAAGGACAAAAAAGGUUUAUUUGCCUGCAGUUCUUUCGACCAAACCAUCAAAGUGGGUCAUGCAACAAUAAACUGAUUAUUUCUUACGGUCUGCCUUCCAUUUAUAGACGGGCAAUCCAUACUUGUCUUUACCAACUUGCUUUCUUCUGCCUUUUCCACGUAAUAAUUUUUGAGUUGUGACUUCUUGUUCUGCUCUACCUAGCUCUUCUUCA